AAAUCACAAGACUACUUGAGGCAGAGACCUCAUGCGGGUCAUAUGAACUGUUAUUACAGACACAGAGGGAUGAGGAGGAGCAAAGGAGAAAAAAGAGAUACAUUUUAAUUGAAACAGGACAACAUGGGAGACAUGCUGUGUGUAAGUGCUGUCAGACCAGGAUGCUGCAGCUGCUGUUCAGAGAGAAGGGGCUCCCAACAUCUCCAAGGCCUUCAGCACACAGAAGAAGCGACUACAGCAGAGUCCCCGCAGCUCCGCACCCUCCAGAGUUGGAGGUGCAGGACACAGAGGCCUUGGAGUUACACUGAUCCUUCCCAGGAGCAGGAUGUUGUGGAGAGGUUCAAAUGGCAGAGACAAGGCAUCCCAUUUGGAGCUGCCACAUCCUAUGUACAUCUAGAGAAGCUGUGUGAAGGAUCCUGUGCAACUGUGUACAAGGGGAUCAGCAGGAUCAACGGCCAGUUGGUGGCAUUGAAAGUGAUCAGGCUGGAGACAGAGGAGGGAGUGCCCUUUACAGCCAUUCGAGAAGCUUCUCUUCUCAAGUGUUUGAAACAUGCCAACAUUGUACUGCUUCAUGACAUUAUCCAGACCAAGGAGACACUAACAUUUGUCCUUGAGUACAUGCACACAGAUCUAGCACAGUACAUGGGCCAGCAUCCUGGAGGACUCCAUUCGUGCAAUGUUAUGCUCUUCAUGUUCCAGCUUUUGCGCGGCCUGGCUUACAUCCACCAACAACACAUUCUUCACCGGGAUCUGAAACCCCAGAACUUGCUCAUCAGUUGCCUCGGUGAGCUUAAAUUAGCCGACUUUGGCCUCGCUCGUGCCCAGUCCAUCCCCAGACAGACAUACUCCUCUGAAGUGGUGACACUCUGGUACCGUCCUCCUGAUGUGUUGCUUGGAGCUACAGAUUAUUCUUCUGAUAUAGAUAUCUGGAGUGCAGGCUGUAUAUUUGUUGAAAUGAUCCACGGUCAGCCAAUAUUUGCAGGAACUUCUGGUACUCAUGAACAGCUGGAGAAGAUCUGGACGGUAUUGGGGGUCCCAACUGAGGACACCUGGCCAGGACUUUCCAAGCUCCCCAACUAUAACCCAGAACUGGUUGCUUCCAGGAGACCUCAGAGACUCCGAGUCAUCUGUAACAGGCUGAGCAGGGUGCCAGCAGCAGAGAAUUUGGCCUCCAGGAUGCUCACAGCCUUCCCUCGGGGACGAAUCUCUGCACAAGAUGCACUUCUACAUGGCUUCUUCAGGCCUCUGCCUCCUCAACUCUGUGAGGUUCCUGCUGGACAAUCAGUGCUCGCAGUUCCAGGAGUGAGACUGCAACCUGAAAUCUGUGACCUGUUUGCUUCUUACCGAAAAGGCCAACUCUCAGGAGGUUCGAGCAAGUUCUGGUAGAAAGUAGGGAUGACUGACUGAUUCUUGGAAAGCAAUGUCAGAAAGAUUGACUUGGCAACGAAGAUGUAACAGCACAGUCUGGACACUGGACUUGCAGAAUAUACUCAGCCAUGUGUCACUUAAUAGAGAGAUCCCUGGACCAGAAGAUCGAUGUACAAACAGGACAGAUGGGGACUGACAAUUGAAAGAAUGUAGAAGCUGAUCCAAGGCUUAUCGAGACCUGUCAUUCCUGGGUUUGCCUACAAUCUCCUUCAACAAAAGAGCUCCUGAGGGAAGGAGGGGAUUAGUGGAAAGUUGAGUGAAGUCUCCAGGGAAGAUGGUUUCUUGGAUAAAGUUGU